CAACACGCACGCGCGUCUUCUCAAAUCCUGUUCCUAACCACCCUCCUCUUUCCUUUUCUUUUGUUCCCCCUCCUCUUCCAGUACCUCAGCAGGUUCAAACUCUUUUCCGUGAGGGUGGCGGCAAUCGCGAGGUCACGUGAUGAGCAUCCUGCUGCCCAACAUGGCGGAGUUCGACACCAUCUCUGAACUGGAGGAGGAGGAGGAGGAAGAAGCCGCAACGUCGUCGUCGUCGCCGUCGUCGUCGUCGUCGGUUUCGGGGCCCGACGACGACGAGGAAGAUGAGGAGGAGGAGGAAGAAGAGGAGGAGGAGGCGCCGCCCCCGCCUCGGGUAGUGAGCGAGGAGCAUCUGCGAAGAUAUGCCCCAGACCCUGUAUUGGUUCGCGGCGCCGGCCACAUCACUGUGUUUGGCUUGAGCAACAAGUUUGAUACUGAAUUUCCCUCAGUUCUAACAGGGAAGGUGGCCCCAGAAGAAUUUAAGACCAGCAUUGGCCGUGUGAAUGCAUGUUUGAAAAAGGCUCUUCCAGUCAAUGUGAAAUGGCUGCUGUGCGGUUGUCUCUGCUGCUGUUGCACACUGGGUUGCAGCCUGUGGCCUGUUAUUUGUCUCAACAAAAGAACCAGAAGAUCAAUUCAGAAGUUAUUAGAAUGGGAAAAUAACAGAUUAUAUCACAAGCUUGCUUUGCACUGGAAGUUGACUAAAAGGAAAUGUGAAACUAGCAAUAUGAUGGAGUAUUAAACUUUUUGGGCAGUAUUCAUCCCAGUGAAGAGAACAAUCAUUUCUUCAAACAAGGUCAGGAUUUUUUAAGCUACUUUAAAAAUGUAUGCCUAAUUUGGAAUCCACAGUCCUUGACCAGUAAAAGAAGAGGGGAAAAAGAGGCACUAUUUGAUAUGUGAUUAUAAUUGCAAAAAAACUUUUCCACCUUCCUCUGUACAACACUAUUUUUCCUAUGCCACCCAGCCACCCAAAAUCUCUCUUAAUAUAUUGUUUAUAGCUGCAAAUAUCAUGUGUCUACCUGCUAUAAAAUUGAAGGUGUAUUUUUAUAGACAGGAUGGAAACCUUUGAAAUGCACACCAAGUAUCUUGUUUUACAGCUAAGAUCAGGGAAAAAUUGUAUCUGUGGUUUGUGUCCUAGCUGAUAGCAUCAGAUCUAUGCUUCAGACUGUGAUAUUUUAUUAUCAAUAUUGAUUUCCAGCAUAAUACAAAAUUUCUGUUAUCACUGGUAGAAUUAUUACUUUGUCAACCAUUAAAAUCUCAUUUUUUCCUGUAAACUUAGAAUUUGGUCAUGUGGUGGUCAUAGUAACUUUUUCUGCCAUAUAUAAAUCACACUUGGUUUUUGCUCGAAGAACAGCGGGAAGCGGUGAAUUGUUUCCAUUAAACAAAUAUUGAGACAAGAAUAGAGUGCAUCUAGAGGUGACAGAGUAUGAUUCAAGUAACAAUAGUAUUUGUCAUACAAACCAUUUGACAGCAUAUGUAAACUUAAUUUUAAAACGAACUCUAAUCACUCUUAAAUAUUAUUUUAUUGUUCAUUAUAUUAGUUGGUUCAUGUUAUUUUCUUGAACCACCCAGAAAACACUCAAUUUUCUUUUUUCUCUAUUACAUGACUGCUUUUUCAAACUAUUUUUCCUUGGAGGGAGCUGAUUACCAGUUGGAUAUUUUGGAGUGCAUUUGGGGAUUUGUAUUCCUUAAAUAAAAUUGGCAGCAGCAAAUGCUGAAAUGACAGAACACACUGUGGUAAUUAAUUCUCCCCCUUGAAGCCUUUUUUUUUUAUCCUAAGGAUAGAACAUACUUAAAUUUUUCCAUCAGGUUAGUAAAAUAUUUUUGUGAAAAUUGUUUUCAGAUUGAAGAAAGUAAUUUUGAAUUUCUUUGUCACAGAAUAUUCCUUUAUGAAAUCUGCUGUGGUAAUUUCCAGAUUAAAUAACAUGUAUUUGCCAAAGUAUAUAAAUCUCACAAGGCUUCGAAAUUAUAAGUUAAAAGUGUUCUCUAACGUUCCUCUUUGUGUCUCCAACCCCAUUGCCCUUUUAAACACCUAAAUUGUGGAUAAAAUAGAACAGGCUCUAACUAACUCUUUUCAGGUUCACCUUUAUAGUGGUGGUUUAGGCUCCAGUGAAUAAGGACUAUAAUUCCUGAUGUGUGCCACUUCAUCUUCAUUCCAGUCUGAGUUUCUCUUCUUAUUUACAAUUUAUGUUCUAAUGCUUCUCAUUUGGCCCAAGAUUCUGGAUUAAUAUAUUGACCCAACUGGUCAUUUUUAAGCUUGUUUUCUCCAGAAGGCCAAUAGCAUGUGCAGUAUUAAUAACAAAUAUGGGUAAGUCAUUUACAGAUUUAUUAACUUCAUCCUAGACAUGUCCUCUACUCUGUAUUCCCUUCUACACUCUAUGUUGGAGUCCCUGGGUGGCACAGACGGUUAAGUGUUCAGCUACUAACUGAAAGAUUGGCAGUUUGAAUCUGCCCAGAGGCACCUCAGAAGAAAGCCCUGGUGAUCUACUUCCAAAAGAUCACAGCCAUUGAAAACCCUAUGGAGCACAGUUCUGCUCUGGCACACACGGGGUUGCCAUGAGUCAGAAUUGACUCUAUGGCAAGUGGUUUGGGUUUUGUUUACCCUCUGUGUUAACUUAGGAAACAGACCAUUAUAGUCAAACUUUAGAAGUAGGUUAAGAGCUCGGCUGCUAACCAAAAGGUCGGUGGUUUGAAUCUACCAGCCACUCCUUGGUAACCCUAUGGGAUAGUUCUACUCUGUCUUAUAGAGCUGCUGGAAGUUGGAAUCGACUUGAUGGCAACAGGUUUUAGAAGUAGAUGGAAAAGUGCCUUGUCGUUUUUGAACAAAGAUAUUAUACUGAAGGAAGCUGAGUGAAUAAAUUAGUAUAUUAUUAGAUUUAAAAUCAUCCUUUUCAAGUAGCUAAAACAGUAUUUCACUAGCUUAUUAUAAUUCUUUUAUUUUUAAUUAAAGCCUGUUUCCUUGUUU